CACAGUCACGUCACAGCUCUGUGGGGGUGUGUAAAAACUUUGUAUAUGUGGUUGCGAGGCUAUUGAGGGUGUUGUACUUGAACAGUUAAAGGCAAAAGAGGCUGAGAGAUCUUUGCACAUCUUCUCAAAACUUCCCUUUCUGAUCUAGCUGAGAGGUCAUGGAGGUUUUCUAUGUCAAUUCGUCUCUGCUCUUCAUCUCUCACAGACCGCCCAACUCCACUGCGGUUGAGAAGACAGUGUACGAGUCCUGCAGAAACAUGCCAGCCGUACUUAUCUGGUAUCUGAGCCUGCAGUUCGCUAACAUGUUCCUAGGCAUCCCAGCCAAUGUCACGGUGCUGUGGCUCAUCCACAAGAACAAACGCGACUCUUCCACCUCUGACAUCUUCAUCCUUCAUCUGGCAGUUUUGGACGUCCUCUUCUGUCUCAUCCCUCCCCUGGAGCUCGUAAACCUCGUCUUCCUCACCACGACCACCAGCACCUGGUACGUCCUGCGCUUCUUCUACGGCAUGAAAGACUCCUCGCCCCUCUUCCUCUCCUGCAUCUGCCUGGACCGCUACAUGGCCGUGGUCCACCCCAUCAUCUUCACUAAGCUCAAGGACCGUCUGCACAGGGCAGUCCUGGCCAUUGUGGUCUGGGUGAUCAUUCUGGCCUACGCGGCUGCCAAAUGCGCAGGAAACAUCGUUAACUUCGAUAGGGUCUUCACGGUGAUGAUCCUCGGAGCGUUCGCCUUCAUGGUGUACUGCAACGUAGCGAUCCUCUGGGUGCUGAGGCAGUCACGGCCUGGUGGAGAUGCCAUGCAUCCCGUGAAGAAGAAAGCCUUCAAGAUGGUCCUCAUUAUCCUGGCCAUCAUAGUGUUCAACUACUUCCCACCUGUCGCACUCUUCCCCUUCAAAGAGUACUUUUCCCCCGAUGUGUUUCGCUGCUAUAUUCACUACAUCGCCUUCGGCUUGAUGGACUUCAGCAGCACCAUUCAGCCUGUGCUGUAUCUUUCCAAGGAAGGGCUGCCAUGGAGCAUCACCUGCAGCCAGAGGAGCAACACUUAAAUCCAGCAGGGCUACAUGUAUGCUGGAUGUAUCCAAGCAAAUGCACUGCUCCUGCUUGAUUUCAUGUUGAAAAUUAUGAUUAAUGAAACAUUUACCAAUGAGGUAAAAAGCUCUAAGCGCCCUACAAGACCCCAGAAUUUUGAAGUUCUUGGUUUAAUUAACAAGAAAAGUCAGACCUACAGAUAACUCUGACAUAAUACAUCUUCAAGGGCUGUGGGAAGUUGUAAAAAUCAUUGUUAUUUUACUAGAUAUCAUAGGAUAAUUAAUAAAGGAAUGAGAGGUUAGUUAGUGACACCCUCAAACAGCAGUUACAGUGGGUGCUGUGACGCUUCAUGUGAUUUCUCUCUGCCACUGUUACCUUUCCUGUAAUUCAAUUGUUAAAAGAAAACCAUGCACACUUAUUGCUUUAUAUAUCUGAUUAAAUAAACAUGCAUGCCCUUUUCGCCCUCGCGUGUAGCCAUGCCCUCAGUUUGAGUCGCAAACUACAUGGAAUUUAAUGCACAUGAGCGCAGACAACAGAGACUAAUUGUAUUUAAGUCAACGAGGAACACCAGUAAUAACAUUUCAUGUUUGGAAAUCAGGCAAAAACAAUCGUGGACAGAUAUGAGUACACGUUGGUGAGAUGAAGUCGCCGCUUCCUUUUAGCAAUAUUUUACAUAUUCAAACCUCAGAUACCUGCAGUCUGACCGCAAUGGGCCAACAGGUCAUAAAUCACUUUCAUAAAGAUGAUAAAUUUUCACAUCUGAAAUUCACGGUGCCAUGACCUUACCUUUAAAUUCACACAAAUAUUUGAUACUUGUAGCAGCAGUGAAACAUUUGAUGGCUGAAAGGACUUGAACCUGGAAGACAUGAGAUGUGUAACCAUUUUGCACAGGAGCUAUUAUCUAAUUAUUCAAGGCUCCUUAUUUUAUGAUUUUAACAUAAAUUUUUUUUUUAAUUACCAGUAAAAUCUACACUCAGUAACUCUUUUCUUUUUUCUAAAGGUAUUAGAAUCCAAAAAUGAAGCUCCAAUUUUCUCACAUUUGUGUCGUAGAAAUCACUCUAACAGCGCUUACAACCCAGUCUUCAUGUUUCUGCGAGCGUUGCACACCUGGAUUCUAGCUCUAGCACCGUUACAUACCUAUCAAUGCACGAGACACUUCAGUGACAGUGAAAGCAGUUCACCUUACCACAAUCUGAAUACCACACUGUGGUGUGUUUUAUUUUCAUCAUGCACUGAAUGUGUUUGAAUGUUUCUGUGUU